GACAGGGUGGAAGGAGGAGUGGCGCCCGAGAGGCGGCGCGACCGCCUGUCAGUUGUGUUCUCGUCCUCGUCAAAAGUCGGCUGUUUGUAGCUGUGACUGAAAAUCACACGGAUCCUGCGGCUGCGGACAGACCCGCGGCGACGCACGAGCGAGUCGGUCCAUCCGCCGCGCCACGCUGAGAGCCCGGUCCCUCGUGCACUCUUGACACCAAAGGACGUGUUCGGGGCACGGAGCGGCUCGGUUUCGGGUAGCCCUGGUAACCUGGUGGACACCGUUGGAUCGGGAGAUUUCCUCCGCUGCAGCAGCUGCUGGUUUCCAGGAGGCUUUACGCACGUCUGGAUGCCUUGACUGCUUCCAGGGAGCCGGGAGCCAGGAGCGGGGCUGGAGACGUCACCCAGCCCUCUGACCGCCGACAUGUCGGAGCGUGACGGAUGUGGAGAAGGGCUGUACGGCGACGGGGCGCCGGACUUCAUCCCACCGAGAGUGUCCCGCGGCCGGCGGAGCGGUGUCAUCCUGCCCGGAGGUGGAGGAGGAGGAGGAGGAGGAGGAGGCGGCGGCGGCGGCCCGGACUCGGACACCAUCCUGCUGGAGUCCGUGAAGGCAGCACCGCGCCGCAGCAGCAUCAUUAAGGACCCGUCGGUGCAGAAGGUGGGCGGAGGCAGGAAGAAGACGGUGUCCUUCAGCAGCAUGCCCUCUGAGAAGAAGGUGAGCAGUGCAGCGGACUGCUUGGCUUUCAUGCAAGGUGGGUGUGAGCUGAAGAAGAUCCGACCCAAUUCAAGGGUCUACUGUCGCUUCUACACCUUGGACACGGACCUGAGCUGCCUGCGCUGGGAGCCGUCCAAAAAGGACUCGGAGCGGGCCAGACUGGACGUGUCCAGCAUCAAGGAGGUCCGCACUGGGAAAAGCACAGAGACGUUUCUUCAUAACGGUCCUCUGUCUGAACACCUGGCCGAGGAAGCCGCAUUCUCCAUCAUUCAUGGUGACGAGUACCAGUCUCUAGAUUUGGUGGCGUUGUCAGCUGACGUGGCCAACAUCUGGGUGACGGGCUUGCGUUACCUUCUCGCCCACCCUUCGAUCAUCGGCGGGGCUGGAGGAGGGUGUGGGGUAGUGGGAGGAGGGCAGGGCGAUGGAGGCGUGGCGGUAGAAGGCAGCCUGGGAAGCAAGAUGAGGAGCGAGUGGCUGGCAGCAGAGUUCGCGCUGGUUGAUGAGGAUGGCUACGGGAUCGUAUCAGAGGAUGUGGCUGUCACCACAGUCUGCAAGCUGUGCCCUGGCAUCAAGGAGGCAAAGGUCCGCCUCCGAUUUAAGGAGAUCCAGCGGAGCAAGGAGAAGCUCACCUCCCACGUGACGCGGGAGGAGUUCCAGGAGGCCUUCUGUGAGCUCUGCACCCGACCCGACGUUUACUUCCUGCUGGUUCAGCUGUCCCAGGACCGCGAGUGCCUGGACCCUCAGGACCUCCGCCUCUUCCUGGAGACGGAGCAGGGCUUGUCCCUGGCUACGACCGAGGGCUGCUGGGAGCUGCUGAAGCGCUACGAGCCGUCGGCGCAGGGCCGGGAGCGCGGCCUGCUGGGCCUGGAUGGGUUCGCCCGCUACCUGCAGUCGCCCGAGUGUCAGCUGCUGGACCCCGAACACCUGGGGGUCUGCCAGGACAUGAACCUGCCCCUGGCCCACUACUACAUCAGUACUUCGUACCGCUCCUACCUGCUGGAUGACCAGGUCCACGGCAGAGCCGACCUCGGCGGCCUCAUCAAGGCCCUGCAGUCCGGCUGCCGGUGCCUGGAGCUGGGUGUGACCGACGGCCCCGAGGGCGAGCCUCUGCUCGGGGUCGACUAUGGGCCUGACAUCUCUCGCCACCAUCACCACCACCACCACCACUCACCCGUUACCAUCCGCUCUGCACUGGAGGUGGUCAAUAAAUACGCCUUCCUGACUUCCCAGUACCCUUUGCUGCUGUACCUGUGUCACCGGUGCUCCCCGGGUCAGCAGCGCACCAUGGCCCACCACCUGAAGAAGGUGUUCGGGUCCCGACUUUACACCCCCGAUGCCCAGCAUGUGAGUCUGGGGGGGCGUGCCACCACUCUGCCCUCCCCCGAGCAGCUGAAGGGGAGGAUCCUCCUGGUGGGGAAGAAGCUCCCUCCAGAGGAGGAGGGAUCUGACGGGGAGGUGUCUGAGGAGGACGAGGAGAUUGGAGGGGGCGGGCCCCUGGCAGGAAGAAGGAUGACCAUCCCUGGGGAGGAGGAACUGGGCGUGGUCUUGGUGGUCCCGCCUCCUUCCCAGCCCAGGAAGCUCAGCCUCCACAGGGAGCUGUCGGACCUGGUGGCUAUUGCCCGGACCAGCAGCCGCAGCUUCUACGCCCAGAGGGGAAGCUACAAGCAGACUCAGCAGCAGUCGCCCCCCAGCAGCCCUUCGUCCCCCGGCUCGCCCGUCCCCCCGGAGCUGCCUUACUGGACGAUGUGCUCCCUGGGAGAGGGAGAGGCCGGGCGGCUAACCAGUGAGAGCCCGGAGGACCUGGUGGUGUUCACCAAGCGUACCCUGACCAGGGUACGGCCCAGCUCAGUUCGCCUGGACUCCAGCAACCCCAACCCGCAGGGAUACUGGAAGGGAGGGGUCCAGCUCGUGGCCUUGAACCAGCAGACUCCGGGCGCCAUGCUGGACCUUCAUCGGGGCCGCUUCACCCAGAACGGGGGGAGCGGCUACGUCCUCCGGCCCGCCGUGAUGAGGGACGAGGUGUCGUACUUCAGCGCCCACACACACGGCUGCGUCCCAGGAGUCCCGCCUCAGACGCUGCGCAUUAAGGUGAUCAGUGCCCACAACCUGCCCAAGCCUCAGGGGUCAGGGGCCAAGGGUGAGGUCAUUGACCCGUACGUUGUGCUGGAGCUGCACGGCGUCCCGGCCGACUGUGCCGAGCAGCGGACGCGCACCGCCGCUCAGAACCAGGACGAGCCCAUGUUUGACGAGACCUUUGAGUUCCAGGUCAACAUGCCUGAGCUGGCCUUGCUGCGCUUUGUGGUGCUGGACGACGACUACAUCGGAGACGAUUUCAUCGGCCAAUACAGCGUGGCCUUCGAGUGCCUUCAGCCGGGCUACCGUAAUGUGCCCCUGCUGGGCCUGGCCGGAGACCCCUUACCACACACCAGCCUUUUUGUUCACGUGGCCAUCACCAACCGGCGAGGCGGAGGGAAGGCCCAGCGCCGCGGCCUGUCGGUGCGCAGGGUGGGCCGGCGAGGGAGGGAGUACGUCUCUCUGCGGCACACCGGCAUCAAAGCUCUGGACGAGGUCUUCAAACAAGCCGGCGGACCCCUCAAGGAGGCCACGGACCUGCGGGAGGACGCUCAGUGCUCCACCGCCGGUUUCAAGGACCAGUGUGGGCUCCCCACUGUGGCCAAACUGAAGCAGUGCAUCCAGAGCCUGGCUACGAGGCUCCAGAGCCCCGAGGGGGCCAUGGGGGCCGCCAUGGUGCUGAGGGAGGGCUACCCCUGUCUGGAGCCUCAGGUCAGCCUGUCUGAGGCGACUCGGAAGCUUCUCUCUGCCUACGACACGAUGAUCUCCGCCCAGAAGCAGCUGAUUGAGAACGCAGACGGUGUUCAGGAGAGGAUCGACCAGGUGCACAGGGAAGGAAUGGACCUCCAUGAGGACCUGUCCCGGCUCUGUGAGAAGGAGGGGCUGAAGGGACGGAAGCUGAACAAGGCGGUGGAGAGCUUCACCUGGAACAUCACCGUGCUCAAGGGUCAGAGCGACCUGCUGCGUGGAGCUAAGAUGGACUCCCUGGACGCCCUGCGGCAGCUGGCUCUGGCCUGCGAAGCCUGCGGACUCACCUCCUCCUCCUCCUCCUCCAACAGCUUCUCCACCGCCGAGCUGCACUACUCCUCCCACCCAGCGUCGGGUCGCCGGAGCAGCACUCAUGGCAACGGACGCGUCUAACACCCGCAUCUAAACACUCCGACGAAAAGAAACUCGGGGUGGGGCGGGGUUUAUGCUUUGUGGCGGAGUAUCCCUUUAAGCCGUGUGGUAGACUGAAGCCUUACUGUGGUGGUGACGGGCCGGCCAGCAGGGGGCACUCACAGAGGUGGAGCGGUGAUCAGAUCAGGGUGUUGCAGAUGAAUGUAGAGCGGCCUCAGCUGUCCAGAUCUACCUGUGUGUCCUCACUGUGCUGUCAGUGUGAGAACUGAAGACUUUCACUGCCCAACUCAUUCGCUCCCCGGUUUCUGCUUUUGUCGGUAGCUGGACCGGCAGUUGACGCUUAACGCCGAGAACAAAACCCAGUUACCGACAUCAACAUUAACCUUUAGCCACAUAACUAACCCUCUCUGUUCUGUUAGGAUUCCACUGAAAUGAAGGCGAAGCUUUCAGGUUGACAGUGCCUUGCAAAAGUAUCCAUGUUCUUGCUUUGCCACAUUCCAGCCACUCGGACGCGUUCUGUCGGGAUUACACCAGACAGAGCAACACAGAGUGAAGUGGAAGCGCAAACAUUCAAGGUUUCAGAUCCAAAGUGUGUGUUAGUGUUCAGUUCAAUGUUGAACCUUUGGCUACAUCUUAAAGUCUUCAGCGGUGUGUCUCUACCAGCUUUAGGCAUCUAGACUGAAAUUAUUCUCUAUUUAUUUUUGCAAUAUGCAUGAAGCUCAGUCAGAUCGGACGUCUCACUAAAAGAAAACAUCCAAUCCACAAAGCCAUGUUUUAUCAUGUGGGCGGUGUGUUUAGAGUCAUUUACAGUGUGGGGUAUCAGAGUACUGAUCAUAAAGGCAUACAUUUGCAAGGUACUAUAUAUAUGUAUAUUCUCCUAAGCAUUAUGUAACAUAUCAGGAAUCACUAACAAGGUUUGGAGAAUAACUGAAAUUUAACAACAGGCUGUGAAGGCAUCAUCUGGGCUGCUGGUGGAUCAGUCCACCUCUUCAUGGAAUCAUUUCGUGGUUAGCCAGAACUGCAGACCUCCAUGUGUGCUGCAGUGUGUGUGUGUGUGGAUGGUGUGUUACCUCCUUCCGUGUUUCUGGACCCGUGAGCCGACGUGACUCAAACAGAGCCGACACGUGGAGAUGCCUGCGUCUUUUUAAUGCGGUAACGUUUCUACUCUUAUAUUGUUGUGCUUUAACCAAACUCGACUCAGAACCAAACUGAACCUCACUCUAACUCGCCUCUGUGGACCAAAUGAUCGUCACAUGCCAAAACUAGAGAGUCGCAAAGAAAACAGCAAGAGGACGAUGUGUCCAAAGUGCGGAGCGGGAAUAAGUUAUGUGUCGUUCCCCGACAUCAGUUCAGUAACGGUACAAACCUGACCGCUGGAAGGACAGAAAGACAGAAAAUGUUAAGUGUACACAAAAAUUGUUUUAUUAGGCUUUUUUCUGCCUUUACAAACAUACAAACAUCCAACGACGUUCUUUUAUAAAAGUUACAUACUUCAUGUAUAGGAAGCUUUUUAACCCUCCCGCGGUCCUAAGAGACGGGAUCCAUUUGACACCGCGAGCUCUUUACCCUGUGCGCGGUCCAGCGGGGCGGCACUGACUCCGCGUGCGCUUUUACACAUCGCCUCCUGUAAUUCGUGCCAAGACGGCGAGGAGGGUUAAAGCAGAAAGCACACAACGGUGACAGCAGGAAGAAGGCGAUGGAACUCACUCCGGAUUAACUUCUGCUGGGUUGUGUUGGUCUGCAGGUGGACCUGCAGGGUCACAGCAGGGCUGUGAGCGGUAGACACAGUGACAGCACCUGCUGGUUCUGGUCUAUUAAUACCAUCCUGACUCACUGGAGGCCUGGGGUCGUGCGCUCGUGCAGCUGCGCUCGCGUCCGCCGUGAUUUCCGGCUGGCAGCCGCUGCCGGGUUUAUUUGCUCUCCGACCCAGCGAAGCGGACAAGUGUUUGGGAGACCUCCACUGAACCCGGAGCGGCGAGGCGAGGCGAGGCGAGGCGAGACGGCUUUCCAGGAGGACGGGAGGCUUCUGGAGCUCACGCAGAGCUGUUCGUCUGCAGUGUUAACCUUCCAUGUUGUGCUGGAGGCGCCCUCUGGUGGAAAACGAUGGUGGUUCACCUUCGCCGUCGAGGGAAGAUGUGUGACUGCCGGGGGGGGACAGUAAUUGGAAAAUUCCCAGUUAAAGUAGAGCUCAUUUUCAGUAAUUUUUCAGUUUAGAGAGAGGAGAAGCAAAAUGAAGUGUGACAAGUAAGAGAGAGAGGUACCGAGCAGCAGAGCCCGUGAAACGAAUGGAAUCCAAAAACAUUGAGAUCAAUGAUUUCUGGUCUGGUUUUCAUUAAGUUUCAACCUACUCAUACUAAUUUUACCUGAUGUGAGAGAAUAGUUAUUUUUAUUUUUUACCUUAAGCAGAUUAUACAGCUGCAUUUGCUAUUAGCAUUACAAACCGCUCAUAGUCUGUGUUCUCUUGAGAACAUGGACCGUUCCAAACCAAGCCUGUUAUCUGCUGAAGGAAGCUCAGUGUCAGUUCACCAAUAUGGACGCCCAAAGAAGUCAUGCUGAAGUUCAUACUGUGGACUUGGUAGCUACCAGUCAGACCUGCGUUGUGUAGCUUUCGGUCGGAGAGACGGUGAGGGAAAGAGCAAUGGAACAACGAUACUGAGAAGAAAUGCAAAGGCUUGGUGUGUUUUUGGGAAGAGGUUGUUGAAAUAAGUGAAAAAAACCUUUUAAAUUAGUUUUAUUAGUCUGAGGUCCCAGGAGUCCCAGCUUGCUUAUGCUCACUUUACCAGCAUUUUAUGUUCUGAUCCGACUCUUUCACCCCCUGGCUCCACGGCACAUCAGAACUCGUAUCAAACAGAAAAAAAACAUAAAGCAAAAUUAUUAGAAUAACCAAAUUAUUUCUGUAUGUCUUUGUCGUAUUACAAAUUUCGUGGGUUUUGGAGCAACUGAAGGAUAUACAUUGGUCAGCCAACGACAGCUGUUCAGUCUCACCGACACACUGAAGCGCCUCGGUGACGGGUAGCUGUGCAGCUAACAAGGUGAACCUAAUGUGAACCUAAUGUGAAAUAUCUCCGGUCUCCAUCAUCGAAUUAACCGCUUUUGGUAGAAACCGGUACAUUUCUACAACUCUUAUCCGUAGCAGCCAGAAUUGUUGCACUCCACCAGGAGUGGAUGCUUGGAUCUGCCAUAGUGUAACACAAUAUCUGUUGCUGGCGUAGCUACCAACAGGGUGUGAUGUCGCCUGGCGUUUCUCUUUUCAUCGUGCCAAGACUGAUGUGCCACAGUGGCAGAGAGCUCCUUCUCCGAACGACCAGUCGAUGUUCUGCUCUGUUGUAUCAGUUCAGAAUGACCAGCCAUCGUUCAGGGCGAAUACACUUUAAAAUCAGCUAAUUCUAGUUGGUGAAUCUGUAGUUUUCAAACUUUGGUUAGCUUAACUUUUCGUGUGGCUGCUGUAUGAAAGGCAGACCGAAGACAUCUGUAGCUACUUUGACCAUAAAUUCACUCAAAGUCUUUGUUUUCUCACACAGACAGUGGGCUACCAGUCACAUGUUCUCUUUGCAGUAUUUUUGAUGGAGAAAAAAAAAAAACCUUGUCUGCAGCUGAGUGCAGUGCUUUUCUGCCUCAGUGAGUGAAUAUAUUUCUGUGUUUCACCUGUAACUGACUGACGCUCCCCGAUCCCUGAGGCGCCUCACUGCCGAUCCGUAUGAAAGCAGCAGAAACUGUGAGGUCAGUCAGGUUUUUUUUUCCACCCUGGUGAGCUUCCUAUCAGCGAGAUUGUUGUGUUUGCAUUAAUGAUGUGCAGCGUUCACAACAUUCCUCUCUGCUGGUAAAAUAGGAGAUAUCUGUGUUCUCUAAAGCUCUACUUAUACACCAAUCAGCACAAAAGACGGAAGCAAUUAAAGACAUACAUUUACAAAAUUAAGGAAUAGAAACCUUUAAUAAAUGAACAAUGCAUAAACAAUAAGCAUCAUGGUCUUUGUUUUUUUUAUGAAGUUUAUUCCAGAGCUAAGGAUCAGAUUAGAUAACCCUUAGCAUAUCAAAUCUUUCUCUAUUAACUCCAGAAUUGUUGACUUAUGCAUUUCUGUAUGAAACUAGAUUUUCUAACUCUUUAAUUUCAUGAAGCCAAAUACUGAGUCACUGUAAAUGAUGAUUCUGCAAUAACACAAAAAUAUGAAGCUGCAUGUCAUCAGCACAGACAGAGAUGCUGUAAUAUUGCAUAAUCUAACCUUAGAAAUUGAAUACAAAAAUAACCCAAGAACCCAGAGGAACCCCACAUCUGGUUCAACUCCAAAAUUUUAAUUAUAAAUCCAACGUUUAUGAUCGGGCACGUGAACGGCAGUGCCGAGGUUAAGUAAUGUAUUAAUAUGCAGUGAAGAACAUGUAGAUUUGUCAUUUAGGGUAGUGAGGGAGUCCAGUCUCGGGGCUGUUUUAAGCCGAAGACAUUUACAGACAAAAAUGCAUUUAUUAAUUAAAACAAAACUGUACUUGGCCUCUGCCAAAAAUGUUAGAUUAGAUGUGAACCUGUCUCUCUUUAUUGGGUCAUUAUUGGGCUUCUUUAAGUGACGUUUGAUCACUGCAUGUCAGACCUCACAAAAAUUAGACUAAUAUUGAUGAUGUUGAUCAUGUUGAUGGCUAUUGACCUUGUUAUUGUGCUGGAAAAUGCAAAUCUGUUCUCUCACAACACACACACAGACAGACAGAUGGGAAGCACAUCAGGCUGAGUGUUGUGAGGAUGAGAUCGGGGUGCCGCAGCCUCUCUGUUAGCCGCGUGUCUUCUGGACUCGCUCUGAUUGUGUUCUUCAAUGUGCUGUACGACGACACAUCUCUGUGCAGACUCGUGCUCUAAUAGACUCACUGGACCGUGGUGUGUAGCUGCCAUCGUGCUGUGGACCAACGUGGGUGAACUUUUGGAAAUGUGUAACGGUUUUUAGUCUGUGUGUCGCCGUGGCCUCUGCAGGUGUUUGUGUCGACCCGUGUCUACUCUGCUGACCUUUAAUCCAGUGUUGUUCCCUCCGCUGUUCUCACAGUUCGUUUUUUUUUUUUUUUUGUAUAAUUAAAGAAGAAAAA